AGGCACCUGACUGGCCUGGGGAUGGCCUGUCUCCUCAGCCCGAAGUACAGACACUCGGGGCCGGGCCUUGCCAGUCCCCAGGAGUACAACCUGUGGCUGCCCUGCCGCCACGACGCCAGCCUGCUGCCCAUGAAGGAAGACCUGGCUUUCUGGCUCAACAACAUCAUGGGUGUGGAUCUCACAGCAGACAGUCUGAUAGAGGAGUUGGAUAACGGUGUUCUUCUCUGCCAGCUGGCACAGCUGCUCCAGGACAAGAUGAUUCAAGCCAGCAAUGGCAAGCCCUUCAUACGCAGGGUGAUCCACUGGCGAGCUGAUGCCACCUCGGGAUCGUUUUUUGCCAGAGACAACACCGCUAACUUCCUCUACUGGUGUCGUAAGAUUGGGGUCGAUGAGACGUACCUCUUUGAGUCGGAGGGUUUGGUCCUCCACAAGCAACCCCGGGAGGUGUGUCUCUGCCUGAUGGAGCUUGGAAGGAUUGCAGCCAGGUAUGGCAUAGAGCCUCCAGGUCUGGUGAAGCUGGAGAGAGAGAUUGAGAGGGAGGAGGCAGGAUCCCUUUCUCCAUCGUCCCCUCUGCCCUUCUCCUUCUUUCCUCCUGCAUCGCUUUGUUCACCCUUGCAAUCACCUCUGUCCCCAGCCCCUUCCUCUCCUGCAACAAUCCCCCUGACUCCCUCUACACCCUGCCUCUCUGAGUCCCUUGUUUCAGGCCCAGCCUCUGAUCCUCCCUUGACCACAACCACGUGCUUGUCCCCUACUCAGUCCUCCCUCACAGCCUCCAGCCCCAGUACAGCCACAGCCUCAACCCAGACACCUUUGUUUUCCUCACCCACCUCCAUCUCUAACACAUCCACCUUACCAACACCUCAGGCAACGCCCUCGCCGAUCCAAACCCCGGCAUCUACUGGCAAUGCCCCCUCUAUCGCAUUACCCACCCCAAGUCCCACAGCUCCAUGUCCUGCUCCAUCCCCAGCUGCGCCCUCACCUACAGCCCAGACUCGUCACAGCUGCAGAUCUACAGGCCGGAAGAGCAUAGGCGCCAACAACCUCUUGGACGAUAUUGUGAGAAACAUUAUCGAGAAUCCCCCCUGCAGCUGCCCCACCAGGUUCCUGGUUGAGAAGCAACCUAAAGGCUGCUACCGCCUGGGGGAGAAGGUGCUAUAUGUGCGGAUGCUGAACGAGCGUCAUGUGAUGGUACGAAUCGGGGGUGGCUGGGAGACCUUUAUAAGUUACCUGCAGAAACAUGACCCCUGCAGAGGAGGACCAGCUGGCAGAUCUGAAGUCAGGGUUUGUCGAGCCAAGGCCAAGGCACCCAAUUUAAACAUCUCACCUGACAGCUACAUGGUGGUUGGUGCCCAUUACCGUGGCAAGAAGUAGUAGACUCUUUUACUCCCCUCUUUUGCUUCUUGCAGUGGGAGACAGCAGUGAACAUUCACAUAAUCAGACCCGCAUGUACAUGGGCAAUGAGAUAACACUGAUCACAUCUUUUAUUCAGUGUUGUUUCACUUUUAGCGUACAUUGAAGAGGAAAUGCACUCUUUUUUUAAUCAGAAAAGUUCCCAAGUUUAAGGAAAAAAGUUAUAGAUGAGACA